CUGCAAUAUUAUGUCAUCGUAAGGCAGUAUUCAGAUUCUCACGCGGGGUAGCUCGACUACGGUGCAAGUUUAGCAUUCAUCAUAAGCGGUCCGACAACGAACGACUGUUUAUUUAAUCGGAGGCUGCUUAGUGAAGCUGUUUUUCUUAAAUGCACACGGAAGAGCGUGUAUUUUAGAGCAGCACGAAUGCAGUAUGCUGUAGUCUGGGUACCGCUAACAGUCACUUCCUUGUCCUGCGGAGAGGAGAAAGCAGUGACGUCGGUGGACCGGUCUGCAAGGCGGCUGUACCGCCGCAGAGAGAAACGACCCACGCCGGCGCGCGAACACAGACGUCUCGCGCGUGCCGAAAUGUUUUGCCGUGGACCACGACGAUAGGCUGGCGGUUACCAAGCGACGCUCGACCGGGAGAACAGCCGUUAUCAGCUGUCCCACUGUCGGUGCACCGGUGACCAUGUCCUUGGUGAAGAACGACGAGGAGCAGCUCUGGGUGCCGACGCACGUGCAGGUAACUGUGCUACGGGCCCGAGGGCUGCGCGCGAAGGGUAAACACGGCACCAGCGACGUUUACACCAUCAUCCAGCUGGGCAAAGAGAAAUACUCCACCUGCGUAAUGGAGAAGACCACGGACCCGGAAUGGGGCGAGGAGUGCUCUUUCGAGCUGCUGCCGGGGAUCCUGGAGGAGGGAGGGCGAGACGUGUACCCACCCGGUGCUGGCGACCUGACCCUGACCGUGAUGCACCGAGCUCUCAUAGGACUGGAUGUGUUUCUGGGCCAGGCUGUCAUACCUCUGGAUGAAGCAUUUCAGGAACGGAAAUACAUGAAAAAUGAGUGGUACCGGCUGCAUUCGAAAACUGGCAAAAAGGAGAAAGAACGAGGGGAGCUUCAGUUGACCGUGCAGUUCACUCGGCACAACCUGACGGCCAGCAUGUACGACCUUUCCAUGAAAGACAAACCUCGUUCUGCUUUCGAUAAGCUCAGAGAACGCAUGAGAGCUAAGAAGCGCUCUAUUGAAGAAGAUUCCUCUUCCGCCAUCGUCCCUGGUGGAUACGGAGCACUGGCACGCAUGCGGGGGCGGCUGCCGAGCGAUGGGGGCGGCGAGGAAGACUACGAGGAUGAUGAAGGCGGGGAGGCCCGCAGGAGUAAGAUGAGAAGUUUUUUCCUACGUGGGAGGUUGAGGAAGUCUUCAGACACGCGUUCAAGCACGUCACUGGGCUCUGAGAGCAGUGAGUCUUCAUCGCGGGGCGGCAGCCUCAGCCCGACGGCAGGUAUCAGCGUGGUGGUCUCAGAUCUGUCCAACUCUCCGAGUAACAGCAGCAACCUGACUGCAGACAGUCCAGAAAACACAGUGGCUCCCUCACCACAGGUGUCUCCUGUCAGACAUGUGAUGUAUGACAUCAGCUUACCAGUGCCUCAUUCUGUGACGUCAGAGAACGACACGCCUAUUCUGCUUCCUUCGGUGUGGGUGAACGGGAAUCCGGUGGAAACGUCUCCUCUUACUCACCACCCACCAUCACUCGUACUACAGCAACCUCAACCAGAGUCAACCAAACCAGUAACUCAGUCAGGUCAACCACAGGCAACCACUCUGCCAGCCAAGCCCCAGAAAACCCAGUCAACUCAGUCGAAAUCCCAAGAGACACAGCUACCCAAGUCCCAGUCAAAGCCAAGGCCCGAGCCCCUGCUCCCAGCCCUCGGGGUGCUUCAGAAGGGCUCUCUCUCCCUCUCUCUGCAGAACCUCUCUAGCCGUGGGGAAGACAAGCAGAGCGGUGGCCCUGUGGAUGGCCGUCGCUGGUCCUUUGAUAAACCCGGAGAGGAAGAAAAAGCCGCCAUCGUAGCAGCAUUAGAGCAAGCUGGAAGAGUUACAGAUGAGGUGGAGAUGGAAACAGUGAUACCUGCUGGAGAGACAGAGACUCAGAGCAAGAAAAGGAGGGGCCUGUUCUCACAUGGGAAAGGUGAUUCGGCUGGGAAAGGACCAAUCGCGAGCAAAGAGGAAGCAGAACGUGCUCAACCACUUGUAGAAGUCAAACAUAAAGGAUGGUUCAGCUCCAAGGACUCACACAGUAAACCCAGCCCGCUGGUGUCUCCUCAGUCAGACUCAAGUGCCAGUACAAUCUGUCCCAUUGUACCCUUGACCUUUAAUGACCCUUCACAAAGUAUGGCUGACAAAAACGCUAAUCCCUUCACUUCUCCCCCACCCCUUUUUGACGCCAAUCCGUUCCUCCCACACACACAGCAGAAUCCAUUCAUUCAUGCUCCUUUAACUCCCGAUGUGCCCUCUCUCUUUAGCUCAACCCACUCGCAGUCUGACGGUAAUGCCUCCCCAGAUUUGCUAAGGAAUGGAAACCAAAAAGGACCUUCCCAAAUGGAUAUCUCAUUUGAUCCUUUAAUUUCUCACUUCGAGGGGCUGACAGAAAAGGAUGACUUUGAACAUUUUGCUAAGGACAGAUUAAAGUCAGAGGAGGUGAAUGAAACAACGAAUUUGGUUACACCCCCUUCUCUCCUCAUGAAAACAAAUAAUCAAGAGCCCUCAGGUGCAUUGGGUGGUUUAAUGGUGUCGGAUACAAAUUACCCAACUGAUUUAGGACGAACUGCUUCAGCAAGUACUGUAGAGACAUCUAAGGAAACUGCUGCUGACACACCUCAAGUUUCAGGAAGUGAUGUUAAUUAUAUUUUCUCUAGUUCUAACAAGCCAGACCUCACUGCUCAUGGGGCGCAUGUCUUCCCAGAAUUUGAUCUCAGUUCAUCUGAAAUCUCCUUGGCCGAAAAUUCCAGUUUAGAGUUUUCUGAACUGAAUACACUUGCAUGCCCUUAUCCUGCACUGUCACCUCACUCCAAGAAUCAAGACAGUGCUGAUGACACAACUCUUGAAGACCACCCAAAGACCAAACAAAAUGUCACACAGCCAUCAGUAUCAAAAGCAGACAGUGUUGAACUUCCUCCUAGUAUCUCCUUUGAGUUCUUAGAGGGGGUGUCUGUGAGGCCUGAAACAUCACAGAGGCCUGAAAUACUAGAGUUUGCUAAAGAUAUUAAGUCUGUGACAGUCCAUGAAGAUCCUGUGCCAUUCUGUGGAGACAACAGCUCAGGUGACACCCUGGAACAGUCAACAGUGAUAUCUGAUUCCUUAGGUGGAGACCUAGACCACCAGUCUAUUGAGCAUAGUCUUUCUCCACAGUCUGACAUCAUUCAAAGUAAUAUAAUACAAUCCAAUGAAGAAUUUUGGGGAUCAAAUGCCUCACCCAUUCAAAAUGUGGCUGUAAGUGGAAAGUCCCUAGUUGAAGCCACUGAGCCUUUAGUAUUCAAUGUGCAAUCAGGACAGAGUUCCCUAUCAACUGCUCUGCCAGUGAAGAAUGGAAAGAAAAUGGAUGCAGUUAUGGACACCAUGCUACAGAAUGAAUCAGGAAAUGGUAUCUUAGAGGUUGUCAGUAGUAAAGAUAUCUGUUCUGAAAUUGAAGACUUUGUUCCUGAGAACCUUAUUGAUGGCCCUUUCUUUCCAGUACUCUCAAAAUCCAUAGCUAAUGACGUGCAGGAGGACAAACAAGAGAAAGUCAGUGAAUUGCCAACUAGUCCAUUUAAGAACGAUAACCUGGUAAGUCAACUCAGCACCAUCAGUGAAGAGGAAGAAAUAAUGCCUUCUAAUGGACCGACACUUCCUGUAGGACAUCUCCAUUCCACCACUGGAAUUAGAACAGGGACAGAGGAGGAUGCAUCAGAUGUAAACUCAGUGCUCUCACCUGGUAGCGUGCUUCUCCACAGCAUGUACAAGAGUGCAGAUUCAGACCAUUAUCUUACUUGUGUAUCUCAACAGGAUUUCCCAGUUUCCCCUAGCUUAGAGCUCACACAGGAAGUGAAACCAAGACAUCAUCUUUCUGAGGAAGACACUUUAAAAUUUGAAUCCUUGCCAAACCAUAUCCCUAAUGUUGCGCAACAAGAUGACAUAUCUGCAAAAGGCAUUUCAGAAAUGGGUUGUAAGCAAGAUGAGGUCAUAGCAGAAAACAUUAAUCCUUCUCCAGAAGACUUACCAAAACAAGAAUCUCCUCUGGAUGUUCUACCAAAUAAUUCCUUAUUGGACCUCCUGCCAGAAACCCAUUCCUUUGCCCCCAAAUCAGCCCCCUCACUCAAUACUCCAUCUGAGAACAUGAUAAAGUCAGAUUUUGAUAAACCAGUGCUACUGUGCAACCCUUCAAAGGACAUUGUUGAGAAAUCCAACUUUCCCAAAGAUAUGUCGCCAAUUGUUGUUACCUCAGAAAUGAUAGCAGAACUUGAGGCUCAGCUUGCACCGUUAGAUACAGACACAUGUAUGGUAGAUGAGAGUAAAACCUGCCCAAAGGAUGGAUCCUUUAAAAUAGAAACUUUUGGUAUUGUAUCAGAGGACAACUUGAAUUUUGUCCAGUUGACUGAUUCUAAUGCGUUUGUAUCCGAUUGUUCAUCAGAACAAACCUCCAGUAUCACUCAGGACCUUGUCAUAACUGAUUCUGACCUGAAAAACAUCUUUGUACCCCAGCCAACUGAAAUGCACCUUCUUAGUACUAGAAAAGGUCCUGUUGCAAACCCUGAAUCUGCAGAAACUCACAAUGACCCGGAACCAGAUCCUAAACAAACAGAGAGUCUAGACGUAAAUACUGAUUUUUGGACAACUCCAGCUGUUCAACAUUCUGUAACACCUAACUUCUUUCCAGUGAACUGGCCCACUUUACCCCAGCCAUCAGCCCCUUCACCCUUCGACCAGCCAACGCUGGCUUCGAGGCAUGAUCGUAGCCUUAACUUUACAUCAUCUUUGUUCGACCUUUCACCUGUAGCUUCCUCAACACCACAUAUAGCAGUAGACACUAAUGCGUUGCCCCAGCCAUUCCCCUUCCCCACAGUGCCCCGUACCUCAGAGGUGCCACGUCCAAAACCUGCUGCUCCUCUUCCUACUAUGCAGGCUGUGAAUUCUACAGCAUACAAUCCUUUUCUCCAGGAUAAAAUACAGACAUCUGAUCAUCAGAGCAGUCCACACCCAGUGAAGCCAUUGACACCUCCUGAUGAGAAAAGGUCAGAGGGUCGCUCAGUACUAGAGAAGCUUAAAUCCACCAUCCACUCAGGACGAACAGGCCAGGAUGCUGACAAGAAGCUGCUAGUGGAGGGAGGAGGCACAUACUAUCACCUGAACCACAGCGAGCUGGUGAAUUUGCUGAUCCAGCGGGAUACUGAGCUCAGGCAGGAGCGGGAGGAGUACGAGAGGAGAGGUGCGCUGCUGGAGAAGCGCGAGAUGGAGCUAAAGAAGAUGAAGGCUGUGAUCAGAGAUCUAGAGGAUUAUAUCGACACGCUUCUUGUACGCAUCAUGGAGCAGACCCCCACGCUGCUGCAGGUCCGCUCCAAGAUGAAAUGAUACAACAAACGCCUCCACUAUCCCUCCACGAAUCCUGGGCGGACAUCACAACCCUGCACUGCUACAGCAACCAUAUAAAUGUAGAGAGCUAUCUGGCGCUAGGUGAUGGGCAUGGAGGAGAGGGUGUAGAUUUGGUGUUCUUAACUGUGUCCAAAAAUACCUGGGCCUCUACUGGGGUCCGUAUGCACUGCAGGUUUGCAUUUGAUGGUUAAAGGUCGGCACACUGCUGCUAAACUUCAAAGCUGGUAGGAUCCAUUUUGACAUGUGUCAGCUGAUAUUCACUCACUAGACAUGUCACUAAGUCACAUGCUAGUCCAGCUAUGUACCAAAACCACCUGUCAAUCGAAAGGAUGGCAUGACUGUGACUUGCCAGUCUUCUAGAGCUAGUGUGAAUGGUUUUUAAUGCACGAAGAAAAACAUCGAUUUAUAUUUAGUUUCUUCUAUCACGUUUUUCUGACAUGUAACGCUCAGCUGCUUGAACCAAGAACAAAAGAGCGAGUUUGAGAUCACUCGAAAGUGUGCGAGAGGGAGCGUGAGAUGUAGAAAGCAGGAAAGAGAGCAGAAUCAGCCAGUUUCAAAUCUGCUUGUGCCUCCCUACAUGUCUUCCGCACUUUACUUAAGAGCUUAAGGGUAGAGGCUCACACCAGCUGACCUUCUCGCUUCGGUUUGUUGGUCAGUGUCCUUCCUCUCCCUUCCUUUGCUUGAGCCAAUGCACGUACAUCGCUGCCAGUGCUUUCAGGUGUAAUGAAUGGGAUAUAUACUGUAUUCAUUGCAUAUAUGCCACUCUGACAAAAUGCCAAAUGCUGCCUUAUCAUACAGUAUUUUCUCCAUUCUGUUCUCGCUGAACUCAUCACUUUUAAUUAGAUUGCACAUUAUAUUACACAACUAAUGGUGGAGGAGUGUUUCAAGUUAAACUUUCCCAAGACUGUUAGGUAUCGAGAUGAACAAAUGGAUCUGAAGAGAGAACGAAAGCCAUGAAAACAACAAAUGCCAGAAAUGAUUUGCUCUAAAUUAACGUUACAGUAUUCUCAAUACUGCAACGGCUCUGUUAAUGUUACUGUAAUGUAAUUCUGGUGUUUCUAUGAUGUCGCCACUAUCAGUGUUGCCACUGUCUGUGUACAAUGUAGCACUAUAUGUAGAUGUGUGAUAGAGGCGUAGGCCGCAGCACUUUUAAACCUCACAACCAUUCUUUCUCAACAGCUUAGGAAGUGCACGUAGUCAAACGCACACUUUCACUGCACAAACUAAUCGUCCUCUAAACACAGGAUAUACAUGGUGUUUCAGUACUAGUCCCUGCUAGAAAGCUCAAGAUCUUUUAAUAACAUAGAAGCACUUAAGGACUCGUGUGCUCGGACUGUCGAAGGUGGAUUAAUGAAUGUUCAUUUAUUAAGGCUUAAUGUAAAAGUUUACAAUUUUUCAAAAAUGUGUUACAUUUUAAUCAUGCGAAUAUCUAUUUAUGUUUUUUUGCUUUGUGGCCAGGUCUUCUGUCACCUUUUCUUUUGGGUGGUCUGAAGGUCUGUACAAUCCGUUCAUUUCUUCUCUCAUUUCCUUUAAAUGCUGUUCGUGUACAUCGUGAUUAUUAAGGUCAGUAAUAACAGAAAGCAAUAGAUGUGAAGGCCAGGCUUUUGCAGAAAUUAAGAGAUUCAUACUUUUUUAGGUCUAAACAGAUGGAAUGUAAUAUGAAAUAUGUGCUUAGGUUGCCACUGUGUUGAACUGCAGUUUAUAUAAAUAUUCACCAACACACACACACACACACAGCCUGCAGCCUAGUAAGAAGGUGUGUUCAAGUGCCCUUGGCUGAAUGUUAUCAUGAGAUGUGUGUGUAGAAGAAGAUUUGUAUGCUUUUAAUGGUGAAGAUGAUAAUCAAAGCUACAUUUUAUGUAGUACAAACUCUGGAACUUGCAAAUAAAAACUUGUGUUUACUAUACUACAUUUCAUUUUAUUUUUUAGAAGUCUGGAAUAUCUUUUUUUCUUUUAAGGUCAUUUAAAACCUAGAUAUUUUUUAAAGAAUUGCAAAGGGUUUAUUUUAAAGUUGUAUGAAUGCACCGGUAAGCGGCUUGAUGCCCGAAUCCUCAUUCUUAAGACUAUAGGCUCAACUCUUCCUCCUCUGGUGUAAAUUUCAGUGGAUUCCUGUCACAAUCAAAAUAAGAAUGGCUUAAAUUAACCUCACGUAUCAAGUAGCAUUUAAGCACCGAACAUGAUGAGUGUGUUCAGUAGAGCCAUUUGUUUGAGGUGCAAAAUAUUUGAAGUGCUUCCUUGAGGUGCUGUUUGAUUGGAUGUGCAGGGUGUAGUAACAAGAGUGUCCACUGGAGGUUGUGAUGUAUUCUUUUUAUCAAAUGCCUCAUCUGAGAGAUGUUCAAUUGAUUUUUGGUGUGCUCUUACGCAUCUCUGCUAAAGAAAAGGUCUCUGUUGAUGAAAUAAACUUUUCACUUUGG